UAUACACGCUAUCUGAAUUCAAACAGUAACCUUGGGAACGUCACCACAAUUAUUUAUUGUAAAAGAUGUAAUCUCCCAAAUGAGGUGGUUGAGCUGAAUACACAUUCCGAGACAUUCAUCUACAUGGAUAUCGGCUUUGAUAAUCCCGAAAUCACCUCUGGACCUAUUACCAGUUAUUGACGUCGUCAUCUCUACUUCAUUGUGUGACGCGGCCUGAACAUGGGUGUGAGUGAGACAAACUUUGCGUUGAACCUGUCGUACGGGGGCAAAUAUAUCCAGGACACGGGUAACAGCACAGAUCAACUGGACGCUUUCUAUAUGCAAUAUAUGUGUAAUGGCAUCGCCCUUCCCAUCAUCUCGGUGUUGGGCGUGAUCGGAAACAUCCUGACUAUGAUGGUACUGUGGCGGAAGGAGAUGCAAUCGACUACUAUUUUGUUCUUGUGCGCGCUCGUGGUAACAGAUACCGGUAUCAUUAUUGUAGCUUGUGUGGCACUCACGCCCUAUUCUAUCUCCUUGUUCCAUCCUGAGUUGUGGUACUACAAAGAUGUCAUUUACCCUAACCUCUACACCGGCGUCUUUUUCCUCAUCAUGAGUAUUCAGCAAUGCAAUGUUUGGAUCACAGUGUCAGUUUCAGUAGAACGCUACAUCGCCAUUUGUCACCCGUUCCGCGCACAGAAAAUCUGCACGCGCAAAAAGACGUACAUCACUCUCAUUGUCAUCACUGUCACUUCGAUCGCCUACAACAUUCCGCGACUGUUUGCCACCAUGGCCCGGACUCCUUGCACGGAUCCCGGUCCCGAGGUGCCAGCUGGCCAUGACUGUUUCCUGCUCCUUACAACGGAAUUUGGUGAAAACUUUUUCUACACUAAAGUUUACUCAGUGUGGAUGUACGCUAGCAUAAUAUACAUUAUACCACUAAGUGUACUAACAGUGCUUAACAUCCUCAUCAUCAUGGAACUCAUGCGCAUGCGUGCACGUCGAGCUGGAAUGAACAUUCAGGAUGACCAAGAGGCUAACCUCAGCCUCGUUCUCGUGUUGAUUGUUGUUGUUUUUAUCUUGUGCCAAACACCGGGUCUGUUUGCCCAGUUUGACUUCUUGUUUAAUACUGUUAUGAUGAUUAAGUGGUUAGCUGUGAGUAAUAUCCUGUUUGUAGCUAAUUCGUCUGUGAACUUUUUAAUUUAUACUCUCGUUGGUCAGAAAUUCCGGAGGGUAUUAUUGGGAGUUCUCAAGAAUUUGUUCGGGAGGAAAGUGCUGUCGGACGUUUCUCGGAAUUCAUCCAGACAGUCAAAUGGCCUAGAGUUAAACCACAGACAAUAUGCUCCCGUCAACUCAGAGACGCACGUGGAUAAUUUGGAGAAAGUUCGACUAAACGAUUGACAAAUGGGAAAUAAAUUUGGAGAAAAGAUAAGCAAUAAAUAUGGAGUUCAAUGUUAUGUGUCCAAUGUUUUGAAUGACAAACAUUCUUAAGACCUGAAGAUAUCGGAAUGUUUUGGAUCAUUAUAUGAACUGGAAUGUCUUUAUACAACUAUUUCGCACAGUACACUAGAUAAGUUAGAAGUACACGUGUCUUUACAGAUCAUAUACAAGUAUGAGGGACCGAUCAGUGUGUAGAUGUGUAUGAAACGGCAAUGCUCUAACCGAUUUGUUAAGGAGUAUACGGGGACGUGGCUCUAACUAGUGUGUAAUGGUGUAUACAGGGACGUGGUUCUAACCGGUGUGUAAAGAGACGUGGCUCUAACCGGUGUGUACUGGUGUAUACAGGGACGUGGCUCUAACCGGUGUGUACUGGUGUAUACAGGGACGUGGUUCUAACCGGUGUGUAAAGAGACGUGGCUCUAACCGGUGUGUACAGGGACGUGGUUAUAAUCGGUGUGUACCGGUGUGUACAGAGACGUGGUUCUAACUGGUGUGUACUGGUGUAUACAGUAUACAAGGACGACACCUAAGCGGCGUGUACUGGUGUAUGCAGGGACGCGUGUUCUAACCUGUGUUCACUGUUGUGUACAGGGACGUGGCUCUUACCGGUGUGUACUGGUGAAUACAGGGACGUGGUUCUAACCGGUGUGUACUGGUGUAUAUAGGGACGUGGCUCUAAUCGGUGUGUACUGGUGUAUACAAGGACGUGGUUCUAAGCGGUGUGUACUGGUGUAUAUGGGGACGUGGCUCUAAUUGGUGUUUAAAUGUGUUUACAGGGACCAGCCCCAGCACGAAAGGUGCAUUUACCAGGUGGCGAUGAAAUAUUCCUGUUUGUCAUCAAGUAACACGAUCGCCAUUUUAAUUUUACCCGUCUCAUCUCCUUGAGAUGGCAGUCCGACCCGUUACACUUUUCAUCUUGUGAUCAUUAAUAUCAAUAACAAUGAAAAAUAUCACGAUUCAUUUCAGGAACUAUUUAAAUGAUUGAGGUCGAUCCAUGAUUGAUGAGUGGUUCGAUGUUAAACUUGGUUUGUCCUGAAUACUGGACAUGUGGACUACAUGGAUUAAUCUAGACAGAUUUUAUCAUAACUUGUUGUGUUUCUGUAUUUAUUAUUGAAUUAUGAAUUUAGAAAUAUAUAAUGAUAUUGUUAGUGACGGUAAUUGAAAUAUGUCAAUGUGAUAUGUAAGUGUUAUUUAGACAAUUAUAAAGAAUAGAUGGCCUAUAUUUGUGUAGUUACAUU